GAUAGCGAAGAGAAGUAGAGGAAACGACAUCGUUGAAGAAGUUCUUGAAUAUAGAACAUUUUAUGCCCUAACCUAAACAAAUCAAAAUCCCUCGUUAAACCCUUUUGGUUCUACUUUCACAGUCCCCGGGUGAGAGACAAACAGAAUGGGAAGGUCGCGAAGAAAAUACAAGCAAUCGAGAACGAAGGUUCGAGUGGGUCUGCCAAAGAAGAACCCUAGGCUUUUCAAACCCUCUUUCUCUGUUCCCCCAAAGCUUUUGCAAUCCCUCGCCUACGAGCCCAAAUGGGACGACCAAGGCACCGUUAACUACAACUACAACUCCUUCGGUGUCGCCUCCGAUCCCAACUUCCUCCCUCCCCAAACCGAUGACUCCAUCGAUUCCGGCAGCGAGCUCGAAGAAGACGACUUGAAAUCAGCCCUAGGAAAGAAGCGAAGAGACGGGAAAACUGUAGCUCCUCAGCCUUUGACUGCGAUGCAACGUUUUCAUAUUGGUCGUCUUGUCGAGAAAUACGGUGAUGAUUAUAAGAGUAUGUUGCUGGAUAUAAAGCUAAAUCCCAUGCAGCAUUCUGUUGGAACCUUACAGAAGCUGUGCAUGAGGUAUCAUAUGUAUCAAAAUAAGAAUCCGCUCAUUUUGACCAAAUGAAAUUCAAGGUUUAUCUGUGGGGACAACUUUCUCAAUUUGCACGUGGAAAUGAUUGGAUCCGGUCAUUUCACCAAAAUUUUGUGACACUGAGGAUGUGAUUGUCUAGCAUGUAUGGUCGUUGGGAAAUUUUGUUGAUGUUUUCGAAUUUAUAAAUUGUGGGUGGAUUUUUGUUGGGGAGGAUGGGUGCAUUUGAGUCUCCUGUUUGUUUAGACUUUUCGCGCUAGGCUUCAUAGAGACAUCAUGUGUUGCCCUCUGCUGUAUGUUUGAAGUAAUCUCACUAAUUUGAAUUAUGGUUUAUAUACAUU